CGCACGUUCACUACGGAUCGCGCGGAUCCUUCUCUAUACGACUCAUUCAACCAGUUUAGGAAUACCUACAGGAAAAAAAUUAUAUACAAGAAUCCAAACUACUGCAGCAUCCAAGAUGAGUAAAAUGCUGAUCUAUGUUUUGGACAAGUUCGUCUGGAUCUUGUUGAUUGCUGUUCUCACGGCUCAAGCGUUGCAGAUAGCCGGAGUCGUGGACACACCAAAAAACAUUGGCCUAGGGGAAAUCAGCUACAGCGAUGGAAAUGAGUACGAGUAUCGAGUGUCGAUCGGUGGAGAUGGUGGUGCCAUCGAAGGAAGAGGAAAACGCCAGGCAGGAGACAGGUCACCACUACUUGACAACAUAUUCAACAAUCGUUUCGAUGGGGAUGAAUUUAACGUCGUGAGGGUUGUUAAAGUAGGCAAAGUAAUAACGGCGAAAAUUUGACCAAUUCCAAUUGCAACUUUGAACGCUGUGAAUGAUUUGGUACAAAAUACUCGUCCGGCGUUCCAGAGAUUAAGGGAGGCUGCUCAGAGACGCUUGGAUUCAAGUGUGCAGGAGGCAAGGGCACGCAGGGAGAGGGCGCAACAGGCUCAACAGGAAGGGCCCAAAGUGCAAGCGGAUGGCUCCAGUUCUAGGGUCUUGUUGAGGGUUUGAGACCCUCCUAAUUCGACGUCGAUAGCAAUGUACAGUUUUAUGAACACGCUAUAUAAAUAAUCUAGUUCAAUUUCGUUGGUGAAAGAUUAGAAUUAUGAUCAUCAGUGUUGUACGAAAAUUAUACUGAAAGAGAGAGAGAGGGAAAGUAAUAAAAUUGUGUAUAUUUUUUUAUAAAAAUUUGUUUAAUCUAUGCACAC